AUGAUGGGUUCACCUCCAAGGGUCGCUCAUUGCGACUUCGUGCCCGAUCUGCUACAGCAACUCCUCGAGGCCAACUCAGACGCGCAUCUGAUUGUCUGCGCGACCAAGGCUGAGUUCCUUGUGCAGCUGACGGCCGCUAUUCGUCUUCAACGCGCAGAUCCACAUGCAACAGCGAGCCAUGAUUUGCUUACGAAAACCAUCGGAUUGCUUGCAAGGUGCAGCAAGAUCAGGCUGGCGUUCUGUCCGACCCUUGAAAGUCUUCGAGCAUACCUUGCGGUUUUGACAGCUGCUGACGGAGCUACUGUAGAGGAUACACAGUGCUCCAGUGGGCGACGCCUCCUUGUUGUCCUAAAUAUGAUAGCUUUGCAUGUUACGACUACGGAGUUAUCGGCACAAGGGCUGUCGAGAACACUUGCCGCGGCGGUCGAGGCUGCUUCCAGGGCAAGGCUAGACCUUCGACUCUACGAGUGUGUAAAUCCUCUGGAUCUCACAAGUGCUCACUGGGGAAGGAAGCUAUGGGACCUGAACGUCCCUCUAUUGAAUGGCUCCGUUCGGAUGCGUGACGACGAAAGCACUAUGAGUGGUCGAGGGGUUACCGUGAAGCGGGUUGCUUCGCGCUGGUUCGAGUUUGACCAAGAAUAUUGA